AUGCCUGACGCUCAGAAAUAUGAGCAUACUUCUCCUUACCGUGCAAACCCUGAAUCGGCCAUCUCGAAGCCUACUUCUUCUCAGGCUCUACCGUUUGGAUCUCUGCGACCCGUUCCAGAUGGUGAUGGCGCAACCAGUUCCUACUUUGAGCACUCGAACGGCAAGCGAAUCAACACUGAUCUUGUCUUCACCGCAGCUCUCAAGAAGCAAUACCCUGAGCUCAACCUUGUUGUAGUCCCACAGGACGGCGAUAUCGGAAGCCCUUGCAACUUACUGGCUUUCGCAGGCGCCGGCUACGCUACCGUGACUCCAAUUCAAGACAAGGGCGACCUGCCAUCAUCGCUCGAAUGGACGGUUUACUUGCCACCCGCCCGUCGGAUGGAUGGCAAUAAAGGAGGCUUGGCCGAGGCGCCCAUCUUUGGCAAAUUCCUCUACCAAUGGGAGGGUGCGGAAUUCAUCGUCUAUCUGGCCGAUGGUCGGGAUGGGUCGAGCUCCUACCCAGCACUCAAGAACUACUACAUCCUCACAGCUGAUGUCUACAAAGCUGAUCAGCUUGUUCUCACUGUUGGCUCAUGGGGAAGCGACCUGCAUAAUGAGGUCUGGGUCUUCGAUCAGGGCUUUUUUCACAAAGAUCGCGAGCUGUGGGAGAGUGCGCAGAAAUCAACAUGGGAUGCAGUCAUCCUAGACGAGGAUAUGAAGAAGUCGCUCAUAAAUGACCACAUCUCCUUCUUCGAGUCGAGGCAGACAUACGAAGGUCUCGGCGUACCAUGGAAGCGAGGAAUCAUCUACCAUGGACCCCCUGGAAACGGAAAGACUAUCAGCAUCAAGGCUGCAAUGCAUAUGCUAGCUGAUAGAGCCCCUCCCGUUCCCACUGUGUAUGUGCGUAGCCUCGAGUCGUGGAUGGGACCCCAAGGCUCUCUUUACGAGAUCUUUCAGAAGGCCAGGGAGUUUGCGCCAUGCUACUUGGUGUUUGAAGAUAUCGAUUCUCUCGUUACACCCGACGUGAGGAGCUACUUCUUGAACGAGGUCGACGGCCUAAAGCAGAACGAUGGCAUAUUUAUCAUCGCCAGCACUAACCACCUGGAGCUCUUGGACCCAGGGAUCGCAAAACGUCCAUCUCGCUUCGACCGAAAGUAUUACUUUCCCGACCCAAACAUUGACCAACGAGAGGCAUAUUGCCGCUUUUGGCAGAAGAAACUUAAGCCCAACAAGGAAAUCGAGUUCCCCGACAAGUUGUGCAGGGCCAUCGCUGAGAUCACGGACAAAUUCAGCUUUGCUUACAUCCAGGAGGCGUUUGUAGCAACCCUGUUGGCCAUCGCUCGGCGUUCAAAGACCAAGCCAACAGUAGAAGUCUCUGCAGAGGCGUGGGUCUUGGUUCGUGAUGAGUUUGGAGCUGACCUAGCCUCGGAUAAUGGUGAACUAGACAGACUGGAGCUCUGGGUCGAGAUAAAAAAGCAGAUCGAGAUCCUUCGAGAAGGUAUAGAAGAGGAACAAGAAGCAUCUUAG